CGCCCGAGCGCAUUCUCCACACGCUUGUUUCUCGUCUUCUGUGGGGCUGUUGGGGUCUGUGGUGUCUGCGUUAGGGGGCUGUGAGGGUCUUGGCCGCCGCCACUAUGGGCAAAACGGCCGAGUCUCUGGGUUUGGAAGGCCGACCCGACCCGGUGCGCAGCUUCAAUCGCUGGAAGAAGAAACACAGUCACCGGCAGAGCCGAAAGAAGGAGCUGAGGAAGCAGCUCAAGAAGCCGGAAUGGCAGAUCGAGCGUGAGGGCAUCAGCCGCCUCAUGCAGAACUACGAGAAGAUAAAUGUAAAUGAAAUUACAAGAUUUUCAGAUUUCCCUUUGUCCAAAAAAACAUUGAAAGGUUUGCAAGAAGCCCAGUACCGCUUGGUAACAGAGAUACAGAAGCAGACCAUUGGGUUGGCUUUGCAAGGUAAAGAUGUGCUUGGAGCUGCCAAAACUGGAUCUGGCAAGACGUUGGCUUUUCUUGUUCCAGUCUUGGAAGCCUUAUACCGUCUGCAGUGGACUUCAACAGAUGGCCUGGGGGUUCUGAUAAUAUCACCUACUAGAGAAUUGGCGUAUCAGACCUUUGAAGUUCUGCGAAAAGUAGGAAAAAAUCAUGACUUUUCAGCUGGCCUCAUCAUUGGUGGAAAGGAUCUGAAACAUGAAGCUGAGAGGAUUAACAACAUAAGUAUACUCGUUUGCACACCAGGGAGACUUCUUCAACACAUGGAUGAAACAAUAUGUUUUCAUGCCACCAAUCUCCAAAUGUUAGUUCUUGAUGAAGCAGAUAGGAUCUUGGAUAUGGGCUUUGCUGAUACCAUGAAUGCUAUCAUUGAAAAUCUUCCUAAGAAACGCCAGACUUUACUUUUCUCAGCCACACAAACCAAAUCCGUAAAGGACCUUGCACGCUUGAGUUUGAAAAACCCAGAGUAUGUCUGGGUUCAUGAAAAAGCAAAAUACAGCACCCCUGCUACUUUGGAACAGAACUACAUAGUUUGCGAGCUGCAUCAAAAAAUAAGUGUGCUGUUUUCCUUUUUGAGAAGCCACCUGAAGAAGAAGAGUAUUGUAUUUUUCUCCAGUUGCAAAGAGGUUCAGUAUCUGUACAGAGUGUUUUGCCGCCUCCGCCCAGGCAUUUCUAUCCUUGCUCUUCAUGGUCGUCAACAGCAGAUGAGAAGAAUGGAAGUCUACAAUGAGUUUGUCCGAAAGAAGGCCGCAGUACUCUUUGCUACUGAUAUUGCAGCCAGGGGUUUGGAUUUCCCAGCUGUGAAUUGGGUUCUUCAGUUUGAUUGUCCAGAGGAUGCCAACACCUAUAUUCAUAGAGCAGGUAGAACUGCCAGGUACAAAGAGGAUGGGGAAGCUUUAUUAAUUUUGUUGCCCUCAGAAGAACAAGGGAUGGUGGAGCAACUUCUCCGGAAGAAAGUACCUGUGAAGGAAAUCAAAAUCAACCCAGAAAAACUUAUAGAUGUCCAGAAAAAAUUGGAAUCAUUUUUAGCCCAAGAUCAAGAUUUAAAAGAGAGAGCUCAAAGAUGUUUUGUCUCCUACAUACGUUCAGUAUAUCUUAUGAAGGAUAAAGAAGUAUUUGAUGUGAGCAAGUUACCUCUUACUGAAUAUGCACUGUCUCUUGGUCUUGCUGUGGCACCACGGGUAAGAUUUCUUCAGAAAAUAGAAAAACAGUCCACCAAAGAUUUGCUUAGGAGCCAAGUCACCGAAGUAAUUGAGCCCAGGGCUCCCUCCCUCACCAAUGAUGAAGUAGAAGAAUUUAGAGCCUAUUUCAGUGAGAAAAUGUCCAUCCUUCAGAAAAAUGGGAAAAGACUGGAAGGGACAGAAUACAGACUAACCAGUGGUGAUGGUGAGGAAGAACAGGAAGAAGAGGAGGAAGAUAAAGAAGAAAUGGAGGAGAAACUGAGAAAAGCAGGAGGGCCUCAUACUAAAUCUGUUUCAAACACUGAGGAGACACAGAAAGUAAAGGAGGUUCCUGUGCAGUUCUUAGACCGAGAUGAUGAUGAGGAGGAUGGACCUGAUACUGAUUUCCUUACAGUGAAGAGGCGUAAUGUGUUUGGGUUGGAUCUUAAAGAGAAUCAAGCAUUACAGAAAAAAGAACCUUCUAAAUCCAGUGUCAAGAAAAAAUUAACCAAGGUUGCAGAAGCAAAAAAAGUAAUGAAGAGAAAAUUUAAAGUGAAUAAGAAAAUAACAUUUACUGAUGAAGGGGAGUUGGUUCAACAGUGGCCACAGAUACAGCAGUCUCUUAUAAAAGAUGUGGAGGAAGAAGAUGACACUGGUGGUAUCAACUUACAUAAAGCCAAGGAAAGGCUCCGGGAAGAGGACAGAUUUGACAAAGAAGAAUAUAGGAAGAAAAUUAAGGCAAAGCAUCGGGAAAGAAGACUACGAGAAAGAGAAGCCAGAAGAGAAGCCAACACAAGACAAGCAAAGGUCAAAGAGGAAGAGGAAGCCUUUCUGGAUUGGAGUGAUGAAGAUGAUGAUGGCUUUGAUCCAAGCACACUUCCAGAUCCUGAUAAGUACAGAAGCUCUGAGGAAUCUGAGAGUGAAGAUCCACAGAAUAAGAUGAGUGAUACCAAGAGGAAGCAAGGGAUGAGGAAAAGGAACAACACCGAAGUGGAAGAUGUGAGACCAACAAGCCACCAUGGGAAGAAGGCCAAGUGGGAGCCCAUAGAACCUCUGGAUACAGGCCUUUCUUUAGCAGAGGAUGAAGAGCUGGUGUUACACCUGCUCAAAAGUCAAAAUUAAAUCCUCCCUGCACCUCUGUGCUCCUUGAUACCUCUGGACGUUAUUGUGUGG